CAACAACAACAAAUACAGCAGACGACGAAGACUGUCAAGAUUCAUUCAUUAUUCCCAGUCCCAGUCGAUGUAAAAAGCAAUAGACUAAGAGUUCAACGCAAGAUGAGGAGUCCGGUAGAUCUAGUACUGUAAAGUGAAAGAUUUGAGGAAGAUAGAAAAAAUGGUGUGGUACACAGUAAUUCAGCUGUUCUUCUCGAUUACUUCAGUUUGUUUUGGAAAUAGCUUAAAGACACCAUUAUUCGAAGUGUCUGGGAUGUCUGAUCAGCUACCAAAUCUGUGUGCAUAUAACUAUCAAGUAGACACGGUUAAUAUCAACAUAGAGAUAAAAAUUGCAGCUUGUGGCAGUGGAGUCAGUGAUAUAGUUACAUCUGUAAACUGGACAUUAUAUCAACUCCAGCGUAGUGAUGAUUAUGAAAUAAAUAAAGCCGCUCCUCACAAAACUGCACACACUCAAACUCCAGCCUACACUUGGACUGGUUUACAGGAGGGUGAUUUGUCUAUAUAUGCUGUUGUGGUUGAAUUACAACUACAAGACUUUCAGGACGACAUCACAAUAAUGGGGUAUCUUGUUGUUGCCUGUGGGGAAGAGGUUGGAAACUAUAGUGAAGGAAAUUGUAGAACUGUACGUGAUGAUGUGACGAAUUUAGCUGGAAUUACCACAAUGAUAUGGGAGUUGAGAAAAUGUGAUGAAGUUCUGUCUUCUUAUAAAGCAACAUCAAGAGAAGAGUAUAUUCUUGAUGCUAGUUCUGCUGUUGGUGAAAUAUAUGGGGAUAAUUCAUACUUACAAGUGGAUACAACAGUAAUUUUUCAAGUUAAAUGCGAGUCGGAUGCCUAUGUUCUACUGCAAGAAGAUGUAACUGAUAAAGAUAAGAACAUUGUUGAAGUUACUAUUGGUUUUGGAGGAAACAAGCAUAAAUCUGUUCUCACAAAAGAGCGAAACAGUUUGGGAAACAGUCCAUUAUCAGAGCAUAUUGAGACAAACAUUCUUUCCAAUGCGGAAUUUCACUACUUUUGGAUCAGUUUUGCUGAGAACGAGGUACGUGUUGGUAAAGGCCACAUACUGUAUGUAGAUCAGUUCUUGGAAUAUGACAAUCUGAACCAUGAUAUCAACUAUUUAUCAUUUGGAAAUGGUGAUGGUGUGUCAGGUUCCUGGAAAUUUGAUAUUGAUUUGUGCCAUUUGCCUUUGGACCAAGGAUCAUGUUCGCAAUCUUACUGGGGAUACAGUCAUCUAUCCUCAUCCUGUGUUGAUACCUGUGGUAAUGGUAAAAACUGUUUUCAGACAAAAGCUCUUUGUGAACAGUCAUGUCAGGUUUCCACCACUGCGGCAAACUGUAAUGAACUGUGGCAUGCGGCUAAUGGAGGUCUUCCAAAUGGAACGUACAAUGUAACCAAUGCCAACGGAGAAGAUUUCACUGUAUAUUGCCAGUUCUAUAGCGGAUAUGGAUACACAUUUGUUUCUAAAAACACAGAAGUAGAUGUCAAUGUGACAUAUCUGUUAGACGAAAGAGAGCAUGUAGUUAUACGUCAUAAGAGAUCAGAUGGCAGUCAAUACACUGCUGAAAUGGAGCAGUUGUCAAGGCUUUCAGACACCCCACUUCUUAUUCAGUUCAAUGGUCAGACUGGUUACUCAACACCUAUAAAUCAAGCAAUGGGUCCUUACAUAUACAUUGGGUUUAUACCAGCUUCAGAUGUAUAUACAGAAGCUGAAGAAGGUUGGAAGUGUAAUGGGCAGGAGAUCACCUUCACCAACUGUGAUGGAAAUCCAAACAGCUAUAUAGCAUUUUUUUUCAACAAGGAAAAUGCUUCCUAUACCAGCAACCAAGGUGGCUACAGUUCCAUAAUUUUUUGUUGGUAUGAAUUGGCAACACAAGUUUCGUCAAAUGAAUACUUACCAGAUGAGUUCUUUACGCCAUAUUUUGAAAUCCAUCAUGGCGGUUGUGGUGGAUUUGGGAGAGGUGAUACUGAACCUGACAUUAUUGGUGCCACUGUUGGUGUAAAAUUUGUGACUGUGUGCGCCACACCUAGUGAUAUUACAAAUGGAACAAUGUCCUACAAUGGAACAAGUGUUGGCAGUACAGUGACCUACUCAUGUGACAGUGGCCUUGUCAUGACCCGUGGUGAUGCAACUCGUACAUGCAAUGACACAGGAGGAUGGUCCGGACUCUUACCAGUUUGUGGAGAUUUUAGCAUUGGCAUCAGAUGUACAAAAAACUGCUUGGAGAAGAAAAGUCCUCAGUCGCAGUUAAAGUUUGAAGUUGACUGUGAUGCAUGCACAGGUGAAAGUGUACCGAGCUAUUCAUGGUCAGCUGAUGAAUGUAAUGCAGUGGAUAUACAAACUUGCAAUGGACCAAAUCUCAAAACGGCCAACAAAAAGGAGUUUAAACUUCCGAAGGGAAAAGUUAAUCCUAAGAUGAUCGUCAAGGUUCAGGUUAUAGUGCAACUGAAUAAUGGUAAUGAAGCUAAUGCAAGCAAACUGAUUGAAUACAGUCCAAUACCUGUUGCUGGAGACUGUUUUGUUGAACCAGUGUCAGGAUAUACCUUAUUGACAGAUUUUAAUAUAACAUGCAUCAACUUUACUGUAGAGGGAAAUUACAGCCUCACAUAUAUAAUGAAAUCAAAAACAAUAAAUGAAUGGAGUAAAGGACCAAAGUUUGAAAUGGGGCAAAGGAGAACAGCAAUAGUGAAGUUACGUGUAGGAGAUCCUGAUAUGGAACAUAGAUUGUUCAUAAUGGUUAGAGGCAAACUUGUAGAAUCUGGAGCAUUUGCAAACAUUUCAAAGAUAGUGCAGGUACUUCCAGCAGACCAGGCCCCAGAAGGUAGCAAUGUGAUAGCUGUAGCCAGAUCUAUGCUCCUUGUGACAAACAAUUCACAGCCUUCACCUAUUGAUGAAAUGAUUGCUGCAGGAAAUCAAGCUGAGGCAGUUCAGAACUUGAAUGUUAUUUCUUCAGCACUAACUCCUGCAAAUGCCAGUGUUGUAAAUGACACUGAAAGAGAGGAGAAGACAAAAAUCCGUACAACAGUUGUGGAAAGCCUUGGAAAAGUAAAUGUGAGCAGCUUUGAUACUGUAUCUUCUGUAGCACAAACUUUGACUGAGGUUACAAAGGUGAAAACUGAACUUAGUGAAAGUACUCAGAACCUUGCUGCUGACCUGUUUGAUAAUUUAGCAGACAGUUUGGAGCAUUACAGUGAUGAAACUAGUAUGUCAGACAUUGUGGAUUCUGCUGGAGAUAUAUUUACUGGCGUGACACAGCUGCUUGAUAUCAAAGUGGAUGAGGGUAGCAAGCAGUUGCUGCAAGACAAGAGUGACAUCACUGACAGCACGCAAGAUGAUGCUAAAUUGGAAAACGUAAAAAAUUCAACAGGGAAACUUCUCAACACAAUCAGUAAAAUUAGCACUACCCUCCUAUCUGGUCAUAAGUCUGGAGAUCCUCCCAUUGUUAUACAGACUGAGAGCAUGAGUGUUCAAGUUGAAAAAGUAGAGAAGUCAGCUUUGUUUGGUCACAAUCUGUCUGUAGGUGCUGGCAAUGAAACAGAUGUAGCAACACUAGAGUUUCCUUCCGUUCUAGAUGGUUUGGAUGGAGAUAUAACUGAUUUAGGACUGCAGGUGUUACACAUGAAGAAAAACCCUUAUGUUUGGGACAAAACAGCAGCAGAGGUCAAUAUGGAGGUGUUAUCUGUAGAACUGACAUCAGAUACUACAGAAGUCACAGUAACCAACCUUACUCAGCCAGUAAAAGUGACACUUAAAGCACCAGAGACUGAAAAACCUCCAUACAGCACACUUCAGCUUCAUAUAAUCAAAAGUGGCAGCAAUUUAACAUACAAUCUUUCAAUGACAAAUAUACUGAACUCCAACUUCACCAUCCCAGAGGGAAAAACAACAAUUUUGUCACUGUUUUCCUUUUUUCAGAUAAGACAUUUUAAGAUCUAUAUUGAUGAAUAUGAAAAACCAACAUUUGACAAAGUUAAGGAAUUGGGAGUUUCAUAUCCUGAUCAAGCUGAUGAACUAAGCAAAAACUUUUCCAAAUUUGAACUAACAAAUGAAAGAGCUGAAAACUCAAGCCUUAUUUUCUUCACAUACAACAAGAGCAUGUCUGCAAACUAUACAGGGACAUACUUUCUGGCAGUGGGUUUGGAUUUACAAAACAACUCUACUAUAGAAGAUUUGCAAGAUUUAGAUACAGAGUGUAUAGGAAAUGAUACUUUAACAGACUGUGAGACAGUAGUGGAGGUCACACUGCAGAUUGAUACCACAACUCUAGCUUGUACAUACUGGGAUGAAUCAUCACAGGCCUGGAGUAAUCAGGGGUGUGAGGUGUCUCCACUUUCGACAAAAGAGAAGUUGGAAUGCUUGUGUACACAUUUGACAGCAUUUUCUGGUGGUGUGUUUGUGCUACCAAACUUUGUAGAUCCCAUUGGUGAUGCAGCAUUGUUCUUGACAUUCUUUGACAAUCCAGUUGUCGUGACAACUGUUGUUAUAGUCUGGGUUCUCUAUUUCUUCCUCAUUCACUGGGCACGACAGUCUGAUAGGCGGGAUCAAGAACAGGUUGGAGUUAUUGCUGUAGAUGUGGAUGCUGUUAACAAGUACAUGUAUCUUGUCUGUGUUGUAACUGGAUGGUGGACUGAUGCUGGCACCACAGCUAACGUCUUCUUCUACAUGAAAGGGAUGAAUGGAUCAAGUGCAAGGAUAAAGUUGACAACAUCAGCUAAACUAUGUUUCCAGACAGGAUAUGAGGACUGGUUCCUUGUUACUACUGAAGAAUCUCUGGGAGAUUUAAAGAAUGUCAUACUUUGGCAUGAUAAUUCUGGAACCAACCCACAUUGGUAUUUGAGUCAAAUAUUUGUCAAGGACCUUCAAGAGAAAAAGUCUUGGACAUUCAUUUAUAAUGACUGGUUGGCUGUAGACAGAGGGUCUUCUCUGCUGACAAAAGCUUCUGUUUCUGCGAUAAGUAAAGAAGAACUAAAGUUCAAACAGAAACACAACUUCAUGGUAAAGACAACACAAGACCUUCGAGAUUCUCAUCUCUGGAUCAGUAUUUUCUCCAAACCAGCUCGUAGCACCUUUACCAGAGUUCAGCGUGUGACAUGUGCACUGUCUCUGCUGUUGACCACUAUGUUGACAAACAUUAUGUUUUAUGGUAUUCCAACAGACGAUCCAGAUGACCAGGUCGGAGGGUCACGGGGUGUUGUAAUUUCUCUGUCAUCUAUUGUCAUUGGGAUACAGAGCAGUCUGAUAAUGUUUCCGGUGAACGUUAUUAUAAUGCAGAUGUUUCUCAAACUGAAACAGAGACCUGAAAAGGAAGAGAUAGACAAGAAGAGCCAGUCUUAUAUACAGUCACUGUAUGAUAGAGUGUCUCACAUCACAACAGAUGUUCUGCUGAAUCUAGCUUCUGGUGUACCUCCCCCUGCAUGUAAAGAGGAACAGAAUAGUCAAUCAGAUUGUUCAUUUGCUACUGUGGAUGAAACUGUCAAAGUUAACUUGUCAACUGACUCAAAUGGUGCAUCUCACCAAGUUACUCCUUUUGAAAGUGCAACGUCAAACGUGCUCAUCUCUGGAACUCACAGUUCAGGAAAAUACAACAUUGCAAGUCCCAAACCAGAGUCUUCCAGAGUUACUGUUUUAAGCAAAUCUAAACAAACUGGCAAAAUUUUACCAUGGUGGUUUCUUUACAUUUCCUGGUUCCUGGUUCUAUCUGUAAGCCUUAUCUGCUCCUACUUUGUCAUGUUGUAUGGAUUGAAGUAUGGGUACCAGCGCAGUGUGGAAUGGCUUGUCUCUUUCUUGACUGGAUUCUCUCAAAGUGCUCUUAUCACACAGCCAUUAAAGGUACUCGCGGUUGCCAUAAUAAUAACAUUGAUCUUUAAAAGAACAGUGGAGUUUGAAGACUAUGGACCUGAAGUAAGGCUUGAUGAAGAUACAAUGUUUGUGAAUUCUGUGAACAAGACAGAAGAGGCACAUAUACCAUUCAGCCAGCCAUUAUCUGUUAAUUUGUUACAGAAAAUCAAAGAGCGAGUACAGUUGGAAUGGCUAAUGAAUAUAACUCUGCGGGACAUAGGGCUGUACAUUAUCUAUGUAGCAGUGGUUUGUAUUGUUGUCCAUGGUCAUCGGGAUAUCAAGGAGGCGUAUUACAAUUCAUUGGCUAUUGAGGAUGUGUUAGUUAAUCCUGGAUGUAUCAUACUCUACCAGUGCUUCUUCCUUGCUAAUGCAGAGAAUAUGCAAAAUUUCUACAGAUAUAUGUACGAGGUGGCAAUUCCAAAUUUAGCAGAUAUGUCAAUAGCAGAUCAUGAAUAUGCAACACCAGGCUCAAGUCAUUUCUUGGUUGGACCAUGGAGAUUGCGACAACUUCGUAUUGACCGAGGAACGUGCGGUAAAGGAGCCGAUGACCUUUACCGCCAGUUUAACAUGAAUGUUAAGGAGUGUUCUGGACCUUACUGGCUCGGAGACGAAGAGAAAAGAAAUUUUAGGAAUUCUUGGAGUGAGGUCCUUGCAGAGGCUUCUGAUCCACCAACAAGAUGGACUUACCAGUCAGCAUGGAAAUUAAAGACAAUACCUUUUAAAGGGAAACUGGCAACAUACUCUGGUGGCGGAUAUAUCAUUACAAUGCCUAGUAAUUCAUCUCUCCACGAAGGUAUUAUCAAGGACAUGUGGAAUUCUGAUUGGAUAGAUGAGCGAACAAGAGCAAUAUUCUUGGAGUUUACCUUGUACAACCCGAAUGCUGACCUGUUCAGUGUAGUCAUCAUCCUGUUUGAGUUCUCCAACAACGGCGUUAUUGUACCCUACCAUCAGAUCUUCUCAACUAGACUCUAUCAUUAUUCUACUGGCUUUGCUAAUUUUGUUUUGUUUUGUGAGUGCUUGUUCCUCAUUUUCAACAUCAGUUUUACCUAUAUUGAAUGGAAGAAAUUUGGAGUACUUGGUAGAAAGAAAUACUUUGAAGAUUACUGGAGCUAUAUAGAGAUCAUUCAGAUAGCGUUAGCCUUUUCUGUUGUUGGGUUAUUUUUCCAGAGACUUGUCUCUGUGAACGGUGUGAUGAAAGACUUCAGAGCAAGUGAUGGCAGCACAUUUAUAAGUUUCUAUACAGCUGUAUCCUGGGACUUCAUUCUUGGAUAUGUUAUGGCUUUUCUUGUGGCUUUAGUCACUCUUAAAGCCAUUAAGCUGCUCAAAUUUAACAAAAGGACUUACAUGGUUGCUGACACUAUUUCACAUUCUAAAUCAAGUAUUGCCAGUUUUAUGUUCUUGGCAUUACUUGUUACGAUAGCAUUCGGUCAUUUUGCAACAAUGGCAUUUGGAAGAAUGAUGGAUGACUACAGGGACAUGAUGACUAGCUUAAUUACUAUUUUCAACUUUGCUCUUGGAAUCUCAGACUUCCCUGGCCUGCAGGAGACAAACAGAAUUCUAGGACCAGUCUACUUCUGCAUCUUUGUUUUUGUGAUAACAUUUAUUUUCCUUACAGUGUUUGUUGCUAUUUUAAACUUUGGUAUAAGUGAAUCAAAGGCAUUAUUUGAAAAAAGGCAGAAUAAAUUUGAAUUGCUUGAAUAUGUUGUAACAAAGCUGAAAUUAGUUCUUAAUGUUGAAAACUGAUACUAGUAGUUUUCAUUUAACGAUCAAAAAUUACUUUUGGUGAUAGCAAGCUGUUAGUGGAUACUGUGUCUGUUGUCGGCAUUUUAACAUAUUGAACUACUCAGACUUGCACAAAACUUGGUUUGCAGUAUUUCUGAUUUUACAAAAAAGAUCAAAUCCAAUUUGAAAAUCUACAAACUUCAUAAGUUUUUCAACUCUAUCUCUAUUUAAAUUUCAAACCUUGUAUUCUAGAGAAAAUCACAUUAAAAGAUGACGCAAUAUGGACAGACAUUCAAUAUGUUGAAUAAACAUUGUACAGGUGAAAGUUUGUAGGAAUAUUUAUGAAAUAUUAUACUUUUGCCAAUUUUAGAUUGAGAUUAAUUAAAAUUUAACCAUAAUCAUAAGCUGUGAUUGAAAAAAAAGACUUUAAUACAAGUUAACAUUAUGAAAAUGUUAUUACAAUAAACUGUGAGAUACUGUAAUUAAAUACGUCAUAUGAGAUUGUGAUUAAAGUAGACCAUAUGGAAGUGUCGGAGCAAAAGUGGUCUAAGUGCAUAUAUUUGUAGAACAAAAAAUCAUUUAGAUCGUAUUAUAGACAGUGAUAAAAAGAGAUUAUAAAAAAGUAUUGGAUGGUGAUUAAAUAGCUCAUAUGAGACUAUGAACUAAUAAACAAAUCAUAUUAGAUUGUAACAGACUGAAAGAGACGGUGAUUAAAAGAAACCAUAUGCAGCUGUCAUAGAUAUAUACUGUAGAACUGUGAUUGAAUAGUUCAUAGAAGAUUGUAAAUCACUACAAGACUGUGAUUAAAAUACUGUGAUAAAACCAGAAAAAUGAGACUAUGAUAAAAAAAUAGAAUAUGUGACACUGUGAUUGAAAUAAACCAUAUGGCACUGUGAUAAAAACAUAGAAGACUGUGAUUGACAUAUACUAUAUGACACUUUGAGUGUGAUUAGAUAACAAUAAUGGUAUUCCUUUGUAUAUUUUAAGCUCACUUGAACCAAAGGUUCAGUGUGAGCUGUAAGUAAAGACUGAUGGUCUGGCGUCCAUUUUUCACCUAAUAACAAAUAUAUUCCCUGAAAAUACCUUUCAGAAUUGCACCACAUUGGUCUGUAGCCGCCUGACCAAGUUCUCUCUCAAUUUUGUUCAAUUUAAGUGCCUAGGUCCCUUUUAUGGAUUGACUAGAGCAAAAAAAUCAAAAACCUUCAAAGCACAUCUUCUCAGGAACUUCAUCAACUCAGUCUGUAGCAUUUUACUGGCCGCUAGAUCUAAAGAUAGGGAAACUUCAAACAACAUAAUCAUGAAUAGCUUGAUGGAUCUUUUGGAAUUGGCAUUCUUUAUAUUCAAUAGUGCCCUAUAAGCGUGUUUGCUGAACAAAUUUAAGUAGAAUAAAGAACGGGAGAAAUCGGAACUUUGAAAUUUUUCUUUAUUUCCUGUAACUUUGCUCGUUAGAAGCGAAAUUCACCAUAAUGUGGUAAAGUCAUCCAAGGAAAGACUGCAGUUAUUGUUAUUAUUGAUAAGCGCACACAAUUCCCGUGAAUUUAGCUGCUACGAUUAGGGUUAUUUAUUAAUAGAACAGAGGAAAUUAUUAACGUUCGAAGUCUAGCUCUUUCCGCCGGCCAUGAAGUGAAGUCGAGCAGACCCAGUGAAGGGAUAUUAGGUAUUUAAAACGUUCCCUUGUCACCCUCCCCCCAACCCCCCUCAAUCCUCCCUUUUGGUCAUGACAGCCCCGUUUCUGGAGGGAAAAAAACUACCUAGUCGAACCCCUACCUAUAUAAAAAUAUAUGUACAUUUUUUGUAUAUUGUUGUAAAUUAACUUGGUAAAAUAUUUAUAUAUUUUAAUGUUGUUUCGCAUGCACAUGUGUAAAAUUUUACAUGAAUGUUGUAAUAGUUCUAGAACGUUAUAUCUAAUCGUUACAUAAUUAUUUGAUGUUUAUAUUGAUAAAAAACAAUGUUUCUCUGAUUUUAUUAAUAAAUCUAAAUGAAAUUGA